CUGAUACGACGCAAUGAGAGUAGUAGUAGCGAUGCUUCUUUGAUGGAAUACUGCGAUCCUUGCGUGUUAACCCUCGAUAUACCGGAUGAUUCUCAGGCUGAGGGUCUCACUCUAAGACUGUAUCAACACCUCGGGAUGUUUGGCGUGAUAACAGGAGUAAAUGUUUCCUCGACGAUGACGAUAAGAUUCGCAACUGCAGGUCAAGCCGCUACAGCACUACAAGCAAUUCGGAAUCCCAAGUUUUGCUCCAUCGUCGGCGCCGCAGUUACUGUCGGGUAUGUGCCGAAGAAAACCCAUGAAUAUUUGAAAGCCCAAAUCCAUGAUUUACAACAUCUACUAGAAGAAAGGGUGCUGCAGCAGGAAGUGAUGGCAAGAGAAUCUGAAAGGAAGAUCACCGCUCUUUGUGAAGAGCUCUCCCUUGCUCAUGCCUGUCAUCUGGAACAAUCGGAGCGGUGCAAACUCCAACUGGAGGACGAGUCCAAAGCAUCCGCGAGUUUACGCCAGCAACUCGAAGAGUCCCUGGCUACCCAAAAGUCUAAUACGCCCCAACGUAUUAUCGAUGACAUGAGGGAAGAACUACGCGACAUGGACAUCAACCUCGAGACGAGAAACAAAUUGGUUGAGGAGAAGGACCGUCAGCUGGUGGUGUUAGAGGAAAAAUUCCAACGGGUGUGUGGUGAGUUGACGAGUGAGGUCAAACAGCUAGAACAGGCACUCAGAGAUAAGAACCGACAGCUAGAGAUGUUGGAGUCGUUGCAAGCUGCGGAGGAGCGGAAAAAGAGGGAGGAGUUGGAUCGCAAUGAGUCUGAGACAGCUACAAGGGACAACUCGAUCAAGGUCCUUCAUGCCAGGAUUGACGAGCUCGAAGAGAGGAACAAGGUUCUAAGAGGUAAAGUUAUGGAUUCAGACACGCGUCAGCUGGAUUUAGAGGUCAAACUUUCUGCGAGUAUUGCAGACAAGGUAGCGUUGGAGAAGCAGGUGAAAGGCUCGGAUACCAAGGUUGCGGUACUGGAAGAGAAGCUUGCUGCGGGCAUCAGUGAGAAGAAGGGGUUGUCCGCAGAUGUAGCAGCGCUGAAGUCUGACCUUGCGCAGAUGAAAAUCAAGUCGGAGGGGAGAGACGAAGAAUUCCGACGGCUUCGCGUGACGCUGGACUUGCUACUCAACGGCAUGUCCAUGGCAGAUCGGCACCGUUUGCUUAGAAGGGGGCAGGACGACAGCGAUGAGGGUGGUUGGUCGAACCAGAAGGCUAUAGAACGGGCUCAGAAGUGCAUGGACGAGUUUGAGGAAACACAGUUUUCCCGGAACGGAAAGGCGCUGUCGUUCAAGGAUGUUCCAUGGCCAGUGUUGAACGAUCUAUCCGAGUCGAAUUUCGGGCCAAGAGAUAUUACAAAGAAGCGGGUUGACAAGUUUUUCGUGGAGGUAGAGGCAAAGCUGGGAAGUGAAGGGUACUGGGGGUUGCUGGAGAGGAUGUGUAAGGCAUUCGGGAAGCAGAGAUGGGAGAACAGAGGUUUAUUGGAAAGUGUUGGUGAUCGGCAACUUGGUGAUGAACUGGAGAGUGCCAGAGAGGUUGUUUUGGGAGCGGUUAGACCUUUGUGGAGGGGCUGAUAUACCUGAUGUAUUUGUACGUUUGUAAAACCAUUGUAUGCAUUAAAUUUUCGUUGCCCGCCAUCAUCGCCAGCUGCUAUUCUGUCUGAUUGCUAUGUCGAUGUUAACGUUGCUUGAUGGUGAUGCAUAUGACAGUGGUGGGCACGACGGAGUAUGGAUGAAGAGAGGCGGAUACAGACACCUGUAAUCGAAUACAAAGUGUGUGCCCCGAUGCGAAACAAGACAAUAAGCGGC